GGAAAAUAACGUUGGAAAAGCUUCCCAUAAAGGCGAACGGUGAGCGUUACCGCCUCGGUUAAAUGUCUUCAACACAGAAAUUGCUCAAAUAAACCGGUCAAAUAGCAAACUAAACGAUUAUCUAGCUCACAGGCAAGGGGUCCAAUAAGAAGUUUCUUUUUUGGAGUGGGCAGCUUUGAUGCAGCACGGUGCUGAAGACGGUCCAAGAUGACAGAAGAGGUGAUCGUUAUCGCCAAGUUCGAUUACAUGGCCCAGCAGGACCAGGAGCUGGACAUCAAGAAGAACGAGCGUCUCUGGCUGCUGGACGACUCGAAGUCCUGGUGGCGCGUCCGCAACGCUACGAACAAAACUGGCUUCGUCCCGUCUAACUACGUGGAGCGAAAAAACAGCGCCAGGAAAGCCUCGAUCGUCAAGAACCUCAAAGACACACUAGGGAUCGGGAAGGUGAAGCGGAAAACAGGGAUGAGGGAUACGGCGUCAAACGCGGAGGCGGAUUUUUACCCAGACAACGGCGAGCGGCUGUACGACCUGAACCUGCCGGCGCUGGUGAAAUUUAACUACACCGCCGAGCGUGAGGACGAGCUGUCGCUGGUGAAGGGCACCAGGGUCAUCGUCAUGGAGAAAUGCAGCGACGGCUGGUGGAGAGGCAGCUACAAUGGGCGCUCCGGCUGGUUCCCUUCCAACUACGUGACCGAGGACGCGGACGGCUCGGCCAGCAACGACAUGAUGGGCCUGUCGGAGAAGCUGGCCGCUGUGGUCCACAGCGCGAACGGCAACCGGGUGCUCCACACGGUCCAGGCCCUGUACCCGUUCAGCUCGGGAAACGACGAGGAGCUGAACUUCGAGAAAGGGGAAGUGAUGGAUGUCCUGGAGAAACCGGAGAACGACCCGGAGUGGUGGAAGUGCCGCAAAGCAGACGGGCAGGUCGGCCUCGUACCCAAGAACUACGUCACCAUACUGCAGGAGUCGCAGAACUCUGGGAGCAUGGCCGGACCCCCGACGCCCGACUUCGACUACAUCGAGCCUUCCGGGAGCGGGCGCUUUGCGGGGAAGGAGUGGUACUACGGCAAGGUGACCCGGCACCAGGCGGAAGUGGCGCUCAACCAGAGGGGGAUAGAGGGGGACUUCCUCAUCAGAGACAGCGAGUCUUCGCCCAACGACUUCUCCAUAUCACUGAAGGCCCAGGCCAAAAACAAGCAUUUCAAAGUGCAGUUGAAGGACAGCCUGUACUGCAUCGGACAACGCAAGUUCAGUUCCAUGGAGGAGCUGGUGGAACACUACAAAAAGGCGCCGAUCUUCACCAGCGAGCAGGGCGACAAACUGUACCUGAUCAAGGCCCUGGCCGCCUCCUGAUCCGGAUCCGCCGUCCGCAUCGGAAAACCAGAGCCACGUGGCAGGACUCAAGAGAGACUCGGCGAGCGGAGCAUUCCAACACCGGAGUGGGGGGCGGGGGUGGGGGGUGGCUAAAAAGGACAGGUGUGGGAAGGGGACGGGGGAGCGACGGACGCGAUCCGGACUCCCGCGUUUGUUUGUGCUCAGAGACAGCUUUCACGGUUGGACAUGUAUCAAAAAUAAAAUUAAAAAAAAUUACAAUUAUGUUUAGGGCCUAGGUGAUGUAUUUUGCUGUUAACAUGUAUUAGAAUUACAACUUAGGUUUUCUCUCCAUAAUAUAUAUCCUUUUUUUUCUUCUUUUUUUUUCUCCUCGACAGAUCCUUUAAGUAACCGCGUAGUCGGAUUACUACUUGUUAAAGUUUUUACAAAUCUCUCCCGCUUUUCUAAUCACUUCAACAGUAGAUUCAACGCGCUUACACUUCCAGGCGUCCGACAUUUUUCUGCAGAACCGCUCUUUGCUGACCAGAAACCGAGCAAAGGCUGUUUUAGCAAAGUAUUUUUUUUUUCAUUUCUUUUCUCUCAGAUCCUCUUCUCUCAAUGUUUACAAAGAAUACCAGACGAAGCAGGCGCUCGCAGCUCAACAGAAUGUAGUCGUGUUCUUCCUGUCCUCGCAGGGACAGGAAACUGUUCUAUAUUUAAAAGGUCGAUCCUUUUUUUUGUUUGUUUUCUUUCUUUCUUUUUUUUUUUCUUCUCUGACUGACUGAUGUUUCCUGAGCAUGCGUAAACAGUUAGUCACUCGCUAGCUGGGAUGCAGGAGACCUAAACCGAGGGGUCCUGACUGUCCUGACUGCUUUCUGAUUUCUGAUUCACGCAGCUUGAUUGUCGGCAAUCAUUUUCAUAAAGCUCGGCUUUACGUGUGCGUGUGUGUUUUGCCUCGGUGUCGAGCUUACACAGCUAACUAUUUUCAACUCUUGGGAUUUUGUUGCGCUUGGUACUUCGAUGUUGUGAGCCAUCUUUUGAGUGUGUGUGUGUGAUUUGCUGCCUAUCAAACAGUUGUUAAGUUUUGUACUUAUUUUAUCUAAAAAAAAAAAAAAAAAAAGAACUCCGCCGGUGGUCUUUUUUUACAGGAGAUUUGAUGACAUCGUUUCACAAGCGCCUGCGUCCUUCGCUAGUUUUUCCACCGGAUGUUUCCCUCCCCCAACAAACGCUCUCUCCGAUGAUGACGUUCGUAUUGUUCAGCGUAAAGUGUCAGGAGGUUCAGGACUCGUCUUCCUGUUCUAAUCGAGCCUGCUUUCGUUCUCCCACACCAGAUGUGUUGAAAAAUCAUUAUAUGUAUUAUUAUUAUUAUUAUUAUUUCACAAGGUGUGUGUGUGCACGAGUCCCUCUGGAUUUACUGUCGUUUACACGAGGCUGCAGGUUCAAAAGCGCCGUAAUCAGGUGCCGAGGGUCGUAUCGGAGGAGGAGCGCGGCUGUAAUUAGUGGUGCUCAAAGUUCCUGUUUUGUUUCUGCGUGUCGGUUGAGACGUUAUAAGGACUGAUAUUCAAAACCUAUAGUGAAUAAAAGGAUGUUUUUCUGUGUGUGUGAGAGAUCAGUUACUCAGAGAGGCCUUCUUCUUGUUCUUUUUCUUCUUCCUGGGGAACAUCAGCCCUCACUGAUUACUUCCCCAGCUGCAGGGAGUUGGAUCAGGAAAGGGGUGAGGAAUAGGGGAUUUUUCAUGCAGCGAAUGGAAAAAGCGCUUAGCAGUCAAGUGAGUCAAGGGUGAACCCGGGGUCCAGAGCGAAAUUUGAUCUGGAAUUAUAUAUUUUAAAAAAAAAGUAACCCGGGGUCUAGAGGUUGGGAACGAAGCAGAUGGCGUGGUCGUGUUUUUGUUUUUCAUUUUCGGUUAUGUGAAUAAUGAUACAGAAAAGAAAAAAAAAAAAGUGCCUUCAUUGUUGCUGCUCCUAACCGAAAAGGCUUAGCGUUCCUGUGUGUGCGCGCGCGCGCGCGCAUUCUCCCAGCUUACCGCACCUUGUUAUUUGAGUAUUGCUUUGCAUGCGUGUAAUCUGUCCCCGAUGUGAUUUUCUGCAUCCGGCUUCCCGGUUCUACUCCACAGUAUAUAUAUAUAUAUAUAUAUAUAUAUAUAUAUAUAUAUAUGUGUGUGUGUUUUUUGUUUGUUCCCCCCCCCUCCAAGAUAUGUAUCUGCUCGUUCAUUUGCAUGGUAUGAAGUGACCUUAUUUUACAGCUCUAUCACUUGCCAUAAUGGUUAGCUCUUCUUCUUCUUCUUCUUUUGUGGCUGCGCCAAUGUACAGUUUAAUUUAUAAAUCGGGAGUGUCAGACGAUUCUUCGUUUUUUUUUUUUUUUUUCCUAGUCGUUAGUGAAUGACUUACUAUGAUUUUUUUUUCUUUUUUUAAAAAGGAUAUUUAACGCUGUAAUUUUCUUUCUAAUGCUGUCUAAUCUACUAAUGUACACUCUGUGAAAUAAGAGACGUGUGUGUGUGAGAGAGAGACGGAGCCUUGGAGGGGAAUGGCACGCCCGUAUUGAUGAGCGAGUGAUUAAGGAUUAAGUCUUUGCUUUCUUGAUGGUUGCCAACACACAGAAGGUGAAAAUGUGUAAUAACACGUUGAUCCAUACAGAUCAUGUUUCACACUCCACACCGUGUUGGUCCGGAUCAGAUCGUAUAUUAUUUGUAAAUUGAUUAGAAUAAUUUUUUUUAUAAUAAUAAUAAAAUCUCACCACUAGGCCAGA